ACAGCAUUUACCGCUGAGAGUGCAACGGCAGACGUCAUUACUCUAAGUGAAAUCUUGAUUGUUGGAAAUGGAAAAGAAGUGUUCGGUGCGCGAGCCCACAUGGAGGUCUUAUUUCAUCGACUUGUAUGAAAGUUUAAAGAUUUUAGUGAAAAUUUCGUUAGUAUUUUUGUUGUGCUUUAAUUUCUUUCAAACCGAUUUCACGCGCUUACUUAACCUCAAGUCUAAUAUCGGCGAAUCUAUAUCGGAGGUUCCAAAUGUUACCCGAACUUGUAUAUUUUGUCUAAUCUUCACCAAUGAGUAUGGGAAUAACUAUAUUGCUGUUCACGGCCAAUCCACUUGGAUUAAGAAUUGUGAUCGUUAUUUAUUCGUAAGCAAUGAUAUACACGCCGUACUGGAACCGUUGCUGGUUAAAUAUCGCGAUCGUUGGGGUACCAUGAAAAUCAGCUUAUUUCAUGUGCAUCAAUAUUAUGCGAAUAACCUCGAUUGGCUGCUAAUAGUAUACGAUAACAAUUAUGUAGUUUUGGAAAAUUUACGCAAAAUGCUGAAACCUUACUCCCCAGAUGAGCCCAUUAACUUUGGCUGCAAGAUGAGGGAUAACGAUAAUCAGACUUAUAUGCAUGGCGGCAUAGUGCUCAGCCAUGAGGCCUUGCGGCGACUAGUUGUCGAAGGUUUCACUAACUCCAGCCUUUGCAAUCCGAACGAUAGCGUUUACGCCAGUGAAGAAAUGGGAAAAUGUCUAAAAAAUUUAGGCGUGAUUGAUGGUGAUAGUCGAGACGCUGUGGGACGUCAGCGUUUUAUACCUUUCCCUCCUGAAGAUUAUCUAACAGAGUUGUCACCGGAAAAAGAGCAAUGGUUUGUGUCUCGCUCUUUUUAUGAAAUCAAUGCUACCACGAAGACAUUAUCACCAGAAGCUAUUUUGUUUUCGGAUAUUUGUCCGGCCACAAUGGUCACUUUGCAUUAUUAUAUUUACAAAUUAAGAAUAUUUGGCAGAAAAGUGCACACUCAAAAUGUUACAAAUCAUUUACAAAACAAUACCCUGCUUUCUUAGCUUAAGUUAUAAAAAAAUAAUUACUUUACUUUAUAUUCGGAUACUGAUGUAUAAAUUAAUUAUUUUAUUUUAUUUUAUAAAUCAGGUCAACCGUUCUAUAAAAAGUUUCUGGUGUUUUAAAGUA